UUUGGGAUUCAACCGGCAGGUGGUGCCCGUGUUGUGAUGGAGUAGCUCUGUGACAUCAAGCAAGUUGAAGUUACCGGUGGAAGUGGCGACGCUCCUGGUGUGUGACAUCCGCCAAAAUGCGGCGAGCGAUUCUCCGCGCCGACGAUGAACGAGUGUCGAAAAUAAAUAUCGAAAUAUGUCAAAUGGAAGUCGAUUACGCGAUAUCCCGAGGAAGCAACUCAUCUCAUGUUCCUACGGGAGCUAAGUGAAGUGCAAUGCUUGGAAAUAAUGGAGAUUGAAGAUGUAUGAGCAGAGGAACAGUGCGAAGGGAAUGAGGCUUCGUAGGAAAGAGUUAUUUAUUUUCCUCCUGGGAACUGCACUUCUAUUUGCUGUUGCAACGUUUCAUUAUUCCAUCGGUACUUUCAAACCUUCCGACUGGUUCUACCAUGGAUACAUUCCACUCUUCCUGGACGGAAAUCUUUCAUCCCUGAGUUUCCAAACGGUUCCGGAUGAUGCUGUGUAUUUCCUCGAAACCUCAGGGUUGCCGUUUUUGAAUCUCAAACAACUGUGUUCCAUUGAAUCCGCCGCUAAAUAUCAUCCUGAAAAAGUAGUUUUUGUAGCCGUGAAAUCAGAGCGGUUUUUAUAUUCAGACUCAGUGAACGUCCUGAGACAGAAUUACAAAAACGUUCGUAUUGCUCGCUUGGAUCCCGAUUCGUGGCUCAAUAGUACCGUUUUGUUCUCCUGGAUGAAAAAUGGGCUUUUGGGCAAGAGUUCUUAUAAGACUAGCCACAUGAGCGAUGUUCUGCGGUAUGCUACUCUAUACAAGCACGGAGGCAUUUAUCUGGAUCUCGAUGCCAUCGUUCAGAAAUCGCUUGGAAGUUUGAAGAAUUCCUUGGCUCUUGAAGGCAUUCUCGCUAAUGGGGCUGUAAUGGUAUUCGACAAACAUCAUCCGUUUUUGCAGGACUGCAUGAACGACACCGUUCUCAAGUUUAAUGGAGCUGAUUGGGGCUCAAAUGGCCCGAAGCUUGUUUCACGGGUGCUGAGCAAGUGGUGCAAUUCUACAUCGUUGUCCCCAGGAAUCUGUCAAGGUGUGCAUUUAUUGCCCAAAACGGCCUUUUACGCCAUUCCGUGGGCAGAAUGGCAGCAUUUCUUCGUGGAAGACGCGGUGGAAUCAAAUGCUGUCAUGGAGAUUGUAUCUGAAAGUUAUGUUGUGCAUCUCUGGAAUCUGCACACGUCGAAAGUUCCGGUCAAAUUGGAUUCUUAUCAACCUUUCGCGCGCUUGGCUCGGAUGCAUUGCCCUAGAAUAUGUGAUUAUGCGGGACGAACGCUUGUCAAGUCCGGAUGCUACAGGCUGAGGCCACUGCGUGUGAUGGACGCGAAAGAUGAGAAUACGGCGAAGCUGUUGAAGGGGGAAUUUGAUCGAGUCGCCAAGUCUUCGGACGCCGAAUCGAAAUGGAAGACCGUGAUGGCGUUUUGCGACGUUACCAUUCGGGAAACAAACGGACCUGUUCACGCUGUGAAGCUUCUUAGUGCGGAAAUGCUUUCGGCUAAUGAAGAAAUUGCCUUGAGGGCGUUGGAAGUUUUGGAAGCUUGUGUUCGUCGCUGCGGACCUCGUUUCCAGGCGGAAGUUGGAAAGUUUCGAUUCCUCAACGAGAUUGUGAAACUUGUGAGUCCGCGUUACCUUGGAAAGCGAACCACGGAACGAGUGAAGAGCAAAUCGAUUGAGUUGCUUUACGUCUGGACGCAAUUGCUUCCGCAUGAACCUAAAAUCAAGGAAGCUUACGAAAUGCUGAAGGAUCAAAAACUGAUCGACGGUGACCCCGAUGUGCCAUUGUGCACCGAUGUUGGACUUGGAAGUGAGAAGGAUGUGGAUGAGAAGAUGACCUCCGGGUCGCAUCCUUCUGACGAUAUAUUCAAGAACGACGAGCGAUCACAGCGAUUGAAGAAGUUGCUGCAAAGUCGUAAUGCCCACGAUUUGCAGGAAGCAAAUAAGCUUAUAAAGAAAAUCGUCUCCGAGAUCGGGCUGGUGAUGGAAGGACACAGCUCAAUCAUAGACGAGAUUGAGGCUCAACUGGGGAACCAAGGCCCUCCUUCAUGCAUCGUCAUUGCAGUAGGAGGUGGCGGGAUGCUGCUUGGGGCACUCAAGGGCCUGGAACGCAAGGGUUGGCAUGACACGAAAAUACUCGUCAUGGAAACAAUAGGCGCAGAUUGUUACAAUCUGAGCGUGAAAGCCGGCAAACUAGUAGCAAUUCCUGAUAUAACCAGUGUUGCCAGAUGCCUCGGUGCUCUGAAGCCAGCGGACGAGUUGGAGCAGUACCUGGGGAGUGACAUGGUACUUUCAGAGGUCGUCAGCGACAAUGAAGCCCUCCGAGCACUCAUAACCUUUGCAGAUGAUCAGCGAUGUCUGACGGAAGCUGCUUGCGGAGCAGCACUCGCGGCCCUCUACUCCGGAAUCCUCAACAAGUACAUCGAAAGCGGGAAAAUCUCAGCCGAGAAACCGAUAGUGAUUCACGUUUGCGGCGGAAACUUGAUUUCAGGAGCAAUAAUGGCGGAAUACAAAGCUCGUCUCGCAGCUGAUGCUGAAGGAAACUGAUACGAUUCGCGUCCAUCUCGGAAUAAUCAAGUCGACACACGGAAAAACAUGAACUGACCAGAAACAGCUGAAUAUCGCGACGAUGACCGCGGGGAGUGUUUCAAAAAGAUUUUUAUUCCGUGCAUCAAGGAUCAAUAAAAGAAAGAAUGGAAACAAAUCAA